UUUAGCCGGCCGGCGAUGAGAGAGAGGGAGAGAGAGAGACUUCGUCAUCAUCGCCCAUCGAGUGCUCGGUCAGACGAGCAUCAGCCUCUCAGCAGCGCAAUAAUCUCGACUACUUGCUACUUGCUACUUGGCAUGAUCUAACAUGAUCUAGCUUGGGUGGUAUGGCCAUUGAGAGCGAUCUCGGCACCGUCGUACACCGCUUCCUCUAGUACAGCCUUCAUCAGGCCAGACUCGUUGAGCCCUCGUCGCUUACCGCCAACUUGGAUCCUGGACAGAGAUCCACCUCCGGUUCAGAAUCGAAACCCUUGUGCAAGCUUGUACGAGGCGAACACUGGUCUCCAAAAAAAUCCCGUCUCGUCACUAUGGUGCCGGACAGUCGGCCAGUAACCUCGCCUCUGUCCCGUGGAAUCAUGCCGGAGGAAGCAGACCCGGACGAGCUGCAUCUGGACAUGGAGAAGAGAACGGGAAGUACGGAUGAGGUGCUCAGUUCCAUUCCGACGCCCAUCGUUCGGCUUCUCGUGAUACUGGCCAAACCAAUCUAUAUCCUACGCAAAGCAAUCGAAAUCCUCAGUUGGAGAUCGUCAAGUACGGUGGAUAGCUGGCUUGCUAUCGGGUGUUGGUGGGCUCUAUGCUUUGCAGGAAGGGCGACUUGGAAGCUUUUCCUUCCCGUCGUUAUCGCUCUGCCUUUUCUGCCGCCCUCGUAUCAUCCCGCUAUCCUGCUAUCGGGAGUUCGUUCGGAAUCCACAUCAUCACAUAGCGCGGACAAGCCCGCCUCGUCUGCUACCAUCAUCGUGACACUCUCGCAUCUUCAUGCAAUCAACGCUAUGCUCCCAUCAGCCGUUCUCACCGCGGAUCAGAGAGCAUGGUUCCGCAGUUGGCAAAGCAUUGAGCCGCGUCGAUUGUUGCGAGGUGGGAUCAUCACUUGGAUGAUAUGGGUCGUUCUAAAUAUGAUUCUCGGUGGAAGGGCGACCCUUGCCCUUAUCGGUUCCGCAAUCCUCCUGGCCUCUUCGCCUGCUAUCAGAGCGAUGUACGGUUUGUUGUCCCAAUCGCUGUUCCUCAGGCGAUCGGCAGCCCUGGUCUUCCUCGUCGUCUUUGGGUCUCCGCCGGCGACCCUUCUACCGACUCCCCCGCCGCACUUGGAGAUUGAUAACGAAGUAUCUGUCCGGAGUGUAAGUAACUGGAUUCAAGGCAAAUGGCGAUCUAGCAGGCGCCCUUCCCUUGCAUUCCGCCUUCACGCGAUCGACGAGUCCGCCUUAGACGAUCGGUCCACCUCAGGAGGAGAAUUAAUCCCGGAAGUACAGGCCGACGACUUGCAGAGCCCAGCUCGGCCUACGUCGGAGCCCUUAUAUUUCCGAUUCGAACUGCAAGAGAACCAAAGGUGGUGGAUGGGCCUGGAUUGGACUUCAGCCCUGUUGCCCCAGGAACGGCCAUCCUGGUGCGACGCAUACCUUAACCCAUCGACCCCUCCCAGUGGUUUUGGUCUUCCGUCUGAUAGUACCAUGUAUCUGCCGGAGCCAAGGAAAGGCGAUCCCGGUGGAAGGACGAAGAGAGUCAGUCGAUGGAGAUGGCUCGACGAGGACUGGUCUGUUGUCAAGCGCGUAGGAAACGGACAAUCGGUACAACCGGUCUCGAUCCCUCCGGCCUCAGGACAGCAUGCGGGCUCUUCCACACAUGCAAGGUCCGCAUCGCUAUCGCUGUCCGAAGCAGGCCCUGCGGCUUCGGGUACAACCCCCGACGAACCUCGAAAAGGUAUCGCCGAACAAGCCUUUGUCAAAGGGCUCGAACGUCUGAAAGCCAGAACCAUGGCGGGGUCCAAUGCUACAACAGGCGGCUCACCAGCCAAGCGCCCCAUAUCAGGCGAUUAUGGCGAUCACGGGAGCAUCCAGGAGCGGUCAUACCCCAAUGCAGGUCGCUCGUCGUUCGAGGCGCAGAGGCGCAAAUCCUCCGCUGCAUCUGAUCUAGCCGAAGCUCUGAACGUCAACGCGUCGACUCAUGCCACUGCUUCGACCGCGCCACGUAUACUCGGCGGGGGUUCAGCCAACAACGCAAGCGGUUCAUUGUCGUUACUUACGGAUCUCGACAUUGCGACGGAUAUCGAAGGAUGGUGUUAUGGAGACAACAAGUGGGAGAACAUGGGACCACGAGGAGGCAUGGGCAGAUAUACGAGAAGGCGAAGGUGGCAAAGGCGAGCGGUAUGCACAGAGGAAGUCACGUACAUUCCUGGUCAAGCGGAAACUGCAUCAUCCGCAAGCGACGCCGUGAAGCAGGGCUCUCCAUCCAGCGACGUAUUGAGCAAGAACAAGACCACCUCGAUCGGAUACACCCUGGAGUUGCCAUCGGGAGCGGCUUCUCCAGCAACCGUCCCUGCAACGGUCAUGACAGGAACUGCCAAGUCCGAGCAGCCAGAAGCCGGUCUGCGGCGCGAUAGCCAUUCUAGCGAGAGGGAUCACGUACUGCGCCAACGGCUAAAGAACGUCAUGGCAAACGUGGGUUCAUGACAAAGCCAGCGAUUACAAGAUGCCUUAUUCGCGUAUACUGGGCUUGUAUGUCUGUCCAUCACAUGUGCAGCAAUAAGAUAUGUGAUCAGCACAUUAGCUUGCGUCACGGUCAGGGUUUUGUUCGAGGAUGCUCGGGCGAAAUGAAGCGCAUAAUCUGAGGAAUGAUGUCGACCGGGUACACCUGCGCAUCCCUUUGGUUCUCGAGCCUCCCUGUCAAAG